AUGCAGACUACGGUAGCCCUGGUCGUCGCCCUGGGGGCGCUGAUCGCCGCCGCGUCGGCGGCGGUCAUGCCGUUGCGCCGCCCCUUCGGGCAGCACGUCGAGAAACGCUCCGGGCAGGGCCUUGACGAUGUGGCAUGUUCCGCCUCGAGGACGCCUCCGAAUGCCAACUCCGUCAAAGUCGGCAUCAGCAAGUUGGCCAGACAAAUGCUCGGCCAACAAUUCCCACCUCAACACCGACAACACCAAUCUGGCGACCAGGCCGUCCUCUAUCUA